CGCCCUUCCAAUCGAUAUCCUUUUGGCCAUUUUCUUAGAAGUUGCUGUUCCAGACAUCUUGUCUUUGAAGCAAACGUGUCGUGUCCUGCACGCCUUGGGGUCAUCCGACUACCUGUGGCAUCAAAUCUCAAAAUACUCCGCGAUUCCUUUAGAUCUACCACGCGAUGUUGAUCCACAGGGCCUUUCAUGUCCUGAAUUGCAACCAGCCAUUGUAAAGGCUUUCAAGCUUGAUGAUAAUUGGUCUAGGCGAACGCCUCGUGUAAUGAAGUGCUCGCCGAUCUGCUUAUACGGGACCAAUGGUUAUGCUGUUGUAGACGAAAUGCAGCUCCUCUCGGCCGGUCGAUGGCUCAUGACCUCUCAGCGUAGCUUUCGCCUCGAAUAUACGAGGGCAACAAUUAAGCUGUGGUGCCUCAAGGAUGCGGAUGAUGUAUAUUGCUCUGCAUCGUUUGAUAUCUUUGCCGGUUACAAGAAGUUUACGGUGUCCUUGACAAGGGACGAGAAAUUUGCCACAUUAGCAAUCACCAUCGACAAUGCGACCCAUGGGGUUCUUCAAAUUUAUGAUAUUCCUCUGAUAGAACGUUCAGAGGCUGAAUUCCUCCACAACUCAACUCCUCGAAUGAAGAAAGUCAUUCCUCGGCCAUCCCGAGCUCGCGGUACAAUUCACGAAGUAUCAAUCCACGACAAGGUAAUCGCUGCCACCUUCGUAGAUCUGAGCACGGAAUCUCUUGGUCAUUCGUAUCAAGUCUUGUUGGUGAAUACCAAUACAUGGAGUCAAGUUCUCCUUCAUCCGAAAUUCGAUGAGCCGUUCACACGCCUCAGCAUCAAGCUCUAUCAUGAUCGCAUUCUUUUCAUAGGAAGCUUCCAUGAUAAUGUCUUGGUCCGCACCUUCCACUUACCAUCGUGUAUGGUCCACCAACAACUCGCCGGUCGAUCGUCGGUAUGGGAUCCGCUAAAUCGAGACGACUCAAGAAUUGUUGAGGACAUGGGAGAUUACGAAGAGUUUCUCAUAUCCCACAUGCCCAAUGUCCAGGAUUUUUUUGUGUCCGAAUCCGACAGUUUUAGCGACACAAUCCCUUCUCUACCGAAAUCACUUUCUUUCCUCUUUUAUGCAGCUGCACUAGGCGAUUCCGAAGGCAAGGGUGUUCUUGUUCGUCUAUUUCUCGACCCAGGUCACCAGGGGCAGGAUUCUCUCAUGCAGAGAGAAGUAUUUGGAGCCCCCAGGGACAGUUCUGUCAAACUCGUUCGCAUAGGUGUCACCGGUAGACGAGCGGUUUGGAUCGAGCAGAAUUGGGAAACCGAUGGGUUUAGGGUGAUCAAAGCACACUUCCCCGAUGAAAAUGUGGAUUGGUCGACUGUGCACGUUCUUCUCCCUCCUUACCCAUCGCUCCCGUUCUCGCCACAAAUGUGCAACUCACUCGCUUUUGACGAGACUACGGGUCGACUAUGCGUCGGCGUGGCCACGG